AUGCAGGAGGGCGGACGGGCAGUCAGCGAGGAACCGGAGCCGCCGCAGCCGCCGCCAUCGGCUUCCCGGCUCAACCCGGCACUCCCGCUGCUGCUAGUGCCGCUAUCGCUGCCGCGGCCGCCGCUGCGAACCCGGGGCCCCUGCACGCCCGGGCCGACCUGGGCCCUCACUUUCCUGCCCCUGUGGCCCGGGUUGCCCCAGGCCGCGCGCAGCGCCCCCUGUCCGUCUGCUAGGGCGGCGCGCCCGGCGGCCGUCAGCGUCCCCCGGGGGGCAGGGGCUGCUGGCCGCGGCCGAGACGGCGGGUGGAGGGGGCCGGGACCACGCGCUGGCGGCGGAGGGAUCCCCCGACCCUUCCCCCCAUAUAAAGAGAUACAAUAUUUCCUUUUAUGGCGAGGCCGCUCCUUAUAUGGUGAGCCCCAGCGCCCCCGCCCCAUUGGUCCGUGGUUCCGGCACCUCCGCUCCCCAUUGGCCCACAAGAGGGCGCUUAUUUGCAUAGACAUACCGAACUCGUUGCUGUCAUCUCGCGUCAGACCGCGACUCCGAGAGGGGUGGAGCCGACGCCUCUUAAAGGAACCGGAGAGCAGGCACGAUUCCACCUCCCUGAACCCGAGAAUGAUAGAACGGUUUGGGAGGCACCCGCGGAGAAGCAGGCGACGAAACUUUCCCACCAGGCUGGCUCGAGGAUCUUCAUUCAUCAUCCUCUGCACUGGGGGGUCUUUGGCAGACAUACAUCUGGAAAAGGCUGGUGGAGGGGAGGGCGAGAGACAGAGAGCGGCCUCCCAGUCCUGAGGCGGGCAGGGAGGAGAGACGGAGAUCAGUGAAGACUUCCAGCUGCAGGCUGGACUUGGGGAGGAGGACGUCCCGAGGAUAAAGCCCACCCUACAGCCAGUGCAAAGACUUGGGAAAGUGUGGCCCGACAGAAAGUUUAAGCCCAAGCAAGCACGCUCGCGCGCACACACGCACAUACACACCCUUCUCUGGAAAGCCCAUUGGAGGAAAAAAAAAAAGUUUCAGACAGGGUAUCGCUCUGUCGCCCAACCUGGAGUGCAGUGGCGCGAUCUGAGCUCAUUGCAACCUCCGCCUCCCAGGUUCAAGCGAUUCUCCCACCUCCGCCUCUCACGUAGCUGGAACUACAGGUGCGUGCCACCACUCUGGCCUAAUUUUUGUAUUUUUUGUAGAGAUGGGUUUUUGCCAUGUUGCCCAGACUGGUCUCGAACUCCUGGUCUCAAGCGAUCCUUCCCCCUCGGCUUCCCAAAGUGCUGGGAUUAUAGGCAUGAACCACCGUGCCCGGCAGAAAAAAAAAACAAAAAAACAAAAAACUUAAAAGAUUAGAACUGGGGUGCUGCAAAGUGAGGUUCAAGCUCUGGGUCUGGUUCUUUUCUCCAAAGCAGUGAAAAUAGCUUGGACUUUGCUGUUACAGAAUUAUUUAAAUCUGGAAUCUGCCUCUUGGUAAGCCCUGUGCCUGGAAACAAGUGACAAGUGAUCUGAUCUCUCCAGACGCAAUAUUCAUCAAUGUUGCUAUCCAUUCCAUGAGUUUUGGUUUUUUUUUUUUUUUGAGACAGUCUCGCUCUGUCGCCCAGGCUGGAGUGCACUGGCAUGAUCUCGACUCACUGCAACCUCUGCCUACCCAGUUCAAGCGAUUCUUCUGCUGCCUCAGCUUCCCAAAUAGCUGGGAUUACAGGUGCCCACCACCACACCUGGCUAGUUAUUUUGUAUUUUUAGUAGAGAUGGGGUUUCGCCAUGUUGUCCAGGCUGGUCUUGAACUGCUGACCUCAAGUGAUCCGCCCACCUCAGUCUCCCAAGGUGCUGGGAUUACAGGCGUGAGCCACCAUGCCGGGCCUAUUCCAUGAAAUUCUUAAUGCAGAUUUAAUGAGAUAAAGACUAAAGGGCAGAGUAAUUGGUCAGUGGUUAGGCAAUAGGAGUUACCUGGAGUAAGUCACCUCAUCCUAGGGAUAAAGCAUCUUGGCAUGUUUAAGGGGAUGGGAGGCAGUGAUUAUUCCUGCCUGAAAAAUUAUGAUUAAAUAAAGCAGUUGAUUGUAACCUAGUCACUACUGGUAGUGGUAGUGAUAUCAAUUCAGUAUACUACAAUCAACAUUUAAAAGAAUAAAUUAAUGGGUAUCACAAAAAGCAAGGGCAAAUAUUGUUGCAUAAAAGGUUUGUUUGCAUUAUAUAUAGGUUGAACCCUACAAAAUUGCCAUUUUAGGAAACAACAGGUGCUGGAGAGGAUGUGGAGAAAUAGGAACACUUUUACACUGUUGGUGGGACUGUAAACUAGUUCAACCCUUGUGGAAGUCAGUGUGGCGAUUCCUCAGGGAUCUAGAAAUAGAAAUUCCAUUUGACCCAGCCAUCCCAUUACUGGGUAUAUACCCAAAGGACUAUAAAUCAUGCUGCUAUAAAGACACAUGCACACGUAUGUUUAUUGCGGCAUUAUUCACAAUAGCAAAGACUUGGAACCAACCCAAAUGUCCAACAAUGAUAGACUGGAUUAAGAAAAUGUGGCACAUAUACACCAUGGAAUACUAUGCAGCCAUAAAAAAUGAUGAGUUCAUGUCCUUUGUAGGGACAUGGAUGAAAUUGGAAAUCAUCAUUCUCAGUAAACUAUCGCAAGAACAAAAAACCAAACACCGCAUAUUCUCACUCAUAGGUGGGAAUUGAACAAUGAGAACACAUGGACACAGGAAGGGGAACAUCACACUUCGGGGACUGUUGUGGGGUGGGGGGAGGGGGGAGGGAUAGCAUUGGGAGAUAUACCUAAUGCUAGAUGAUGAGUUGGUGGGUGCAGCGCACCAGCAUGGCACAUGUAUACAUAUGUAACUUACCUGCAUGUUGUGCACAUGUACCAUAGAGCCUAAAGUAUAAUAAUAAUAAUAAUAAUAAUAAUAAAAAGAAAAACAAAACAAAAUUGCCAUUUUAUAGGUCAAGAAGGUGGGAUAUUGUCAAUUUCUUAUAAUUCAGUGUAUGUGUGUAAUGGAUGACAACAUUAACUGCAUUUCUUACUGUGAGUCACAAUCCAAAAACUUGAAAAAUACUGAAAUAAAAUAUGUGCAAGUGAUCAGUAAAAUAUAGUGUGUAUAGUG